AUGAAUUAUCCAACGGUACAGGAAGGUGACAGUGACGAAGAUACUGAUUCAGAAAAUUCCUUCCACACUGCUUGUUCUGAAAUAUUGCCGAAAGCAGAAAGCAGUGAGGAAGAUAACACUCAGAUGAAAUACCCAGCUUUCUUGGAAGAUGAGAGUGAAUCCGGCCCAGAAAUGCGUUGUGAGACAAUGAAUUAUCCAACGGUACAGGAAAGUGACAGUGACGAAGAUACUGAUUCAGAAAAUUCCUUCCUCACUGCUGGCUUUGGAUAUCUUGGUGAUCCAAGAAGAAAUGUCAGGAUGCUUGAUAUUCAUUUGAUGACUGCACAGAAGGAGGCCACACCUAAGCACGCAGCCCGCUACUUGGUUCGUAUUUUGUUCUCCAAGGAAAUCAUGAUUUCCAGCUCUGUAGCUGUCAAUUCCCAAGGCUGCCAACCCCUGGAUCCAAACAAAAUGGCUGCAAUAAGAGAACAUCUGGCAGCAAUUUUUCCCAACCAUGAUUUACAUGAAUGUGGAAAAGACUGGCAAGCCUGUAUUUCCGAUAUCAAUUCUCUGAUCUGCCAUUUAUGUUCCAAAAGAACACCCCAGAAAACUGUUAACAACAAUAUAGAGCCUACCAACCCUGAUACAGAUUCGAACGAUAAAAGGGAUGGUGAUGACAGUGAAAGUAGUUCCCUGUUAUCUCAGCAAGCAGCUGGCUCAGAAAAAAGAGAAAAUGGGAAUUCUCAGCAGAACAGCAGUGCUCUCCCUGAAGGAAUUAAAGAACCUUCCACUGAUAAUUCAACGGUAUCUUAUGAAACACUGGAAUAUCUUGGGAAUCCAUGUAGAAAUAUACAGAUGCAAAAAUCAGUUCUGAAUACAGCAAAAGAGAAGUCUCUCCCAGAGCUGUCAGCCAGAUACCUUAUUCGCAACCUGUUCACAGAGGAAGUCCUGAUAAAAAGUAAUGUCUAUGGCAGUCUGGGGCGUGGCACGUGCGCCCUUAAUGCCAAUAAGAUUAACGCUCUCCGAGAGUUUCUCCAAGACAUCUACCCGACUUGUGAUCUAUCAGAAACUGGAUAUGACUGGAAAUUGUGUGUGACAGUUAUCAAGAGUUGUAUUUGUAGUCUUAGAAAUGACCACAAGAAGUCCACAUCCAAAUCACAGCCGCCUCCAGAAACGACUCCUUCGACAGAGACCGGGUGGGGUAACGCCAGGCUUUCCAAGCAGGGUGGGCCGGCAACUACUCUCAGCCUCGGCUCUGAAUUAAUUCCCCCCACUUGGGCGGUAGCACGGGAACCGUCCACGCGAUUCCGGCUUUUCUCGGGAGGCUGUCAGCCCCGCCCACCCACCUCUCAGCUCCCGCGCUGUUGGCUGCGCAGCUUCCAGGUGUCCGCUCUUCUGGUGAGACGGUGUCGGGAGACGCUCUCCUCAGCUCCUUGCCUGAGUGGGCAAGUCAGGCUCCAGGGCCAGCAGAAAUCCUCGUUUAAGGGCCCCACCGAGUUCCCCGGUCAGAGUGCUGCAGCUGAGCAGAGCGGCUGCUUGGGACUACUGCUCGGGCGCUGCAGGUACGAACUCAGCCCAGGUCCAAGUACUGGUUGUUGCCAGUCCCUCGGCCCCUUCUCGGUCACAGGCAGGUUCCCACUGGGCAAGCCCUGUGGGGCGAGCCUGGAGUAG